AUGGCAGUUAUACCGAAAAUCUUCGUAACCGGUAUCACGGGCUAUGUUGGCGGCGAUGCCAUCUACGCCCUCUUGACAAAGUAUCCAAGCUGGGAAUCAUCCAUUAGUGUGCUCAUACGCAAUGCCGAACGAGGCAAAUUGGUUCAGAAGGCAUGGCCCGGAAUGCGGCUCGUCGUGGGCGGCCUGGACGAUGUCGAACUCUUACAAUCCGAAGCGCUGCAAGCUGAUAUCAUACUGAACUUUGCCGACUCCGACCACCCGCCAAGCGCCUCUGCAUUAGCCCGAGGCGCGCAGCUGCACCCUCCCAACCGGCUGGCAUUUAUUAUUCACACAUCGGGAACAGGGAUUUUAACGUGGAAGACUGUACAGUCGCGCACAUUUGGCGAACUCGAGGAUAAAGAGUACGAUGACUGGGACGGGAUAGAGGAAGUUACAUCCCUUCCAGAUCAUGCGGCCCAUCGUAAUGUUGAUAAAAUCUUCUUAGAGGCAGGCGGAGACGACUCCAGCUACGUACGUACGGCCAUCGUUUGCCCUCCCACGAUCUAUGGGGCCGGGCGAGGGCCGGCGAACACUCGCAGCCAGCAACUAUAUGAUCUCACUGCCAUGACCCUCAAAUUGGGGAUCAGUAAGCGUGUUGGCAAGGGCGAGAAUCGACAAACCCACAUCCAUGUGCAUGAUCUCAGCGACCUCUAUGUGUUGCUGAUUGAGGCCGCCACGCAGGGUGGCGGUAAAGCCACCUGGGGACCAAAAGGGUACUACUUCAGUAGUCGUGGUCAAGAACAUGCCUGGGGAGAAGUUGCCGCUUCAAUUGCAAAGGUGGCGCACGAGCUGGGUUAUAUUGCAUCAGAUACAGUGAGUGAAUUCUCAGCCGAAGAGUCAAAUCGAUCGGCUGGACACGCGCCAGCCUCGCUUAUAUUUGGUGGGAACGCACGUGAGAAAAGCAUUCGAGCGCGAAAACUGUUGGGCUGGGCGCCGAAUCGUGGCUCCCUCUUUGACGAAAUUCGCGAGGCGGUUGAAUCUGAAGCCUCACGAUUGGGGCUUGAACGGAAUAUCAGCCCUUAA